CCACUACAAACGGGUCCGCGACCCACUAGUUGAGAAACACUGACCUAGAUAAAUCUAUGGUUUAAAAGGGACGAUCAAAAGGUACACGGACCUACACGGACCAAGCACGAACAACUCUGCGAUCAUGCAACCACGUCGAUGACGUAAUCGCCCGCAAGGCACUAUGGGCACGAGUAUGUUUUAUCCGGUUCCCCCGCUACCAUCAUGCAACGUGAUUUAAACACGCAAUAAACAGCAGUCCGUCCAGGCAGAACCAGAACCGUUUUUAAUCCCUGCUCGUCGCGCUGUGCUAGCUGAAGUGGAGCGGGGCUCCGGGCACCGUCCCCGGGUCCACCGAGGACGACAUGCAGGUGUAGCCGGCUGCUCUUAUGGCUCCAACACCCGAAUGCUCUGAGUUUGAGUUGGGAUGCUUUGUACAAACAUGGAAGCCAAACGAGUGGAGAUCCCCUCCGGCGUACUGGACGACCUUUGCAGCCGGUUCAUCCUGCACAUCCCCAGUGAGGAGAGGGACAACGCCAUCCGGGUGUGCUUCCAGAUAGAGCUGGCCCACUGGUUCUACCUGGACUUCUGCAUGCAGAACACUCCAGGAGCUCCUCACUGUGGUAUAAGAGACUUUGCCAAAGCAAUCUUCCAUCACUGUCCAUUUCUAUUGCCACAUGGAGAGGAUGUUCAAAAAAUCCUUGAACAGUGGAAGGAGUACAAGAUGGGUGUUCCUACCUUUGGAGCAAUCAUUCUAGAUGAAGCACUGGAAAAUGCACUGCUUGUUCAAGGCUAUCUUGCAAAGUCCGGCUGGGGCUUUCCAAAGGGGAAAGUUAACGAGGAUGAAGCUCCUCAUGACUGUGCAGUCCGUGAAGUGUUGGAGGAGACAGGCUUUGACAUCAAGAAUCGAAUCUCUAAAGACAGGUACAUAGAGCAGAAAAUCACUGACCAGCUGGUGCGGCUCUACAUCAUACCGGGAGUGUCAAAGGAUACCAAGUUCAAUCCCAAAACCAGGAAAGAGAUAAGGAACAUUGAAUGGUUUCCGAUUGAGAAACUGCCAUGUCAUAGGAAUGACAUGACCCCAAAGUCUAAACUGGGACUGGCCCCCAACAGGUUUUUCAUGGCCAUUCCGUUCAUAAGGCCGCUGCGAGAGUGGAUCAGCAGGCUGAAAGGAGAGUCCACAGACAGCGAUGAGGACUUUGCAAACAGCGGCAUCACUCCAGGCAAAGCUUCAGACAACACUCGGUCAAAAUCACGCCGCCUCACAGGUACGGAAGCCUUUCCAGGAGAGGGCGGGGCCAAACAGAAGCAACAGAAGGCUCUGGAGCAACUGAACCAGCACGAGCUCAACCAGAACACAAAUUUGAAAAGCAAUGGGAAGAAAUGUCAGGACUCAUCUUUUGGAGCAAACAACCAACAGAAAGAAGAUAAACGACUACAACCCAGAAGACUGCAAGACAGUUUUGAGAGAGAUGUGGGUCCAUGCACCUCAAACGGUAACCAGACCGUCCACAGCAGAGACUCCGAGGACCUGCUCUUCUCAAAGGCUUUCCUCAAUUUCAAAUUUGACAAAGAUGCCAUCAUGAAAUGUUUUGAAUGCUGACUUGGUUGAGGAGGAAUGGAUCAUAAGUUGAGGACCACUUAGGAUAGUCAGUCUUUUAAAGGCAAGAGAUGAAGGGUUUGAGAACAUAAUGUAUUUUAAGCACAUAGGAGGUGAUCUAAACAUGAAAGAAAAUGAAAUCAGAUGUGGUAUUGCAGUAAAUCAAUGGUAAACUGAGUUUAUUGAUUACUGAUUUUAAGCUGUAAUAACUUAAAUGUUGUUAAAUUCCUCCGGUCUUCCUACGCGUCCUAAGAAAUCUGGAUGCUCAAAAAAAGAUGGGUAUUAAUAGUGUGAUUGGCCAUAUGUAUGAUGUGUUGUGGCUUUAUUCCCAUAAUUACUUAAGAUUUUAUCCAGGAAUGUAGUGUAAUGGAAUAUUUGCUUGGGAAACGUUGUCUUUGCAAGUCAUUAAACUGGUUGCGCUGCGAUAUUGAAUGAUUGCCAGUAUUAGGAUUGGAUUAGAUCAAAUUUAUUUGUUUGGAUAUAAUUCGUUUAGAUCAGAAAAGUCACUGAUUAAUGGUACCAAUGGUAAUAAUCGUUGAAUCAGAAUUGUAUUUGAGUUUAAAAUGUAUCAUAGCUUGCCCCUAAAGAAAAUCAACAUUUUGAUAAUGGCACAACUUGCCUCUCUUUUGCAUAGUCAACUUUUAUACAAAUUCACAAUUAUGAAUGAACCACAUUUCCCAUCAAUCGUUCUUGGUGUGGCAGGGUGGUACAUGCCACAAUUGCAUUUGACCCAAUGUGUGAAUAUUUGAUUUUAACAUUUUAAUUUUGUCAUCACAUUCCCCUAAAAUGGUAAUGACUUUUCAGUUUGAUUUGAAUAGUUUAAGUGGAAGGUUUUUAGCAACAGACUUCCAUACAUGGAUGUUAGAAUCCAGAAAAUGACCCACCUCCCACUUCAAGGCCAUUCUGUCAUCGAGGUUCUACAGGUUUAACUUUCUGUUUUGAUUCAGUUUACCAGAAGUUGACCAUCAUAAUCCGCCAUGAUGCUUUUCUUCUUAGGGCUUUGGUAACAUGAACAUAACGAUUCUAUUAACCAAUGACAUACAAAUGAUUCUCUCAAAGGCUCACAUUAGGUCACUUAGAGACCAUUUUCAUGAGUUUUAGAGUUCAUGGGAGUUGUAUUUUUGUGGUUCUCACUGGGGUGCAGUUAAUUACACAGAUGGUUAUCAUGAAUUGUCCUUUUGCUCCAAUGAUGUGUUGAUGUGAAUAUUAAUAAAGUAGUUUUUCCACA